CUCGAACUCUGGACCGCCGCCUACAACGCCAUACGCGACAACUUGAGGUCUGCUGGUCUGGUGACGGUCUACGAAUCCAUCUUGUGCCAGGAACUACCGCAUCAGUCCAUUGGCGGAAUCAACCAGACACUGCCGCGCUCAGACGACGACAGACUGAAGCAGUUGAUCAGAAUCACCGAAUCGGGACUGCGAAAGUGUCGAGGCGCCAAUUGUCCGAUAGACAACUAUGCUCGAGUCUUGGUCAAGAUGUCCAAGAGGAUAAUCAAAUCUGUCUGGGCCGACUAUCCCUCCACCGCCGUGGCCUGGUCAGGCAUUACUAUUCUGACACCGCUUCUACUUGGCCCGACAAUGCAAAUUGAUGGCAUGAAGCGCGGCGCCCUGCAUGUUAUUGGACGUAUCCCGUGGUACAUGCACCUAUCAGAGCUGAUGCUCGCCAGCGGAUGGAAGAGUGACGCCGACUUCAACAGAGAGCAAAACGGAGUGAAGGAACGCCUGGUGAAGCUAUAUCGCAAAGUCCUCGAAUUUGAAAUGAACUGCGUAUGUGCAGCAGCCAGCACCUGGAACAACGCAGCCAAGAACGUGGUUGGAUGGCACGCGCUGGGAUCGCUGGUGCGCGACAUUGAGACGCUGGACGACGAGCUUGCCGAGCUCAUCAACAAA